AUGGCUGAAAGAGCCAAUCGUAGCAUUAAAGAGCGCUUAUACCGUUAUUUUUCGGAGAACAAAACAUUAAAAUGGGUAAAUGUUAUUCAGGAUAUUGUUAAUUCUAUAAACAAUUCCUUCAAUUCGAAUAUUGGGAUGCGUCCUGUAGAUGUUAAUUAUGAGAAUGCUGAAUCAUUGCGAAGAUCUCUAAAAGAAAAGGCAAUUGAGCAACAUGGACCGAGACGAUGGAAGGAGAAUAGGUUUAAUGUAGGCGACCCUGUAAGAGUGGAAAAGAAUAAGCAAGUGUUCAAAAAGGGAUAUUUGCCAAAUUUUACAAAUGAAAUUUUUAUUGUUGCUAAAGUCCGAUUGGUUCCACAUCAGCCUCCAACCUAUAGAAUUCGUGAUAGGGGAGGAGCUUUAAUUCGUGGUUGGUUUUAUGGUAAUGAUUUAGUGCUAGUCAGAAAAAGAUUAAAAGAAAGUAUCUAUAUUGUGGAAAAGGUUUUGAAUAAGCGAAGACAUAAUAGAGAGGAUCAACUUUUCGUAAAAUUCAAAGGAUACAGUAAUGAACAUAAUAGGUGGAUUCCUGCUAGUGCAAUAACCUGGAAAUGAUAUACAUAUUCCUUCAUUCUUGCCAAUUUUGUUAAAAUGACUUCUUUCUAUAUUAUUCUCCCUUCAAACACAAAUGUUGAUGGAAACAGGACAAACUCCUUUAGAGUCCGCCUUCCUCGUAAACUACAAUUUAAUUCGGAGUGGUAUGUGGGCUUGACCGUUAUGGUCUACC